AGAGAUCCCGGAGCCAGCGCCGCGCGCGCGGACAUCGAGGCUCCCCCGGCCAGAGGGCGCCGCCGCCCAGAGACGGGGGUCUCACCAUGUUGCCCAGGCUGGUCUCGAACUCCUGACCUCAGGUGAUCCACCUGCCUCAGCCUCCCACAGUACUGGGAUGAUGGGCUUGAGCCACCGCACCCAGCUGGAGUAUCAUUUUUAUGAAUGAUUUCAAACACGCAGAAAAAUACAAAAACAAUGUACGAGCCGCCCCGUGGGGAGGGCAGUGUCUGCCUGGCCCUGUGCUGUGCCCCCACCUGGGUUUACAGAUGUCUGUCAUUGCUGCGGGGGUGACGGUCCCUGCGCUGGCCUGAAGAGAGGUCCAGGGGCCGAUGGGCAGCGUGCACCCCGGUGAAAGCCCCUCAACGCUGCGGUGGCGACACCACGUCCAGCCACUUCUUGGGUCGUCCUAGCCAGGCGCCAUUCAUCCCAGGCGGACAGGGGGCCGACCACCACUGCCACCUCUCUCUCCACUGCCACCUCUCCCUGUGUGUCCCAGGAGGUGCCACCUGCUGGGCCUCGGCCCCUUACCUGGGAGACGAGGGCAGCAGCACUGCAGGGCAGGCUCUGAGGGGCUUCGGGGAGACGACUCCAGGAUGCUGCGGCCAGGCCAGGCACCACCUGGGUGCAGGGGCGGCCACAGGGCAGCCGUCACCGUAUCGACAGCAGCCGUCCGUCUGGGCUCCCGGGGCCACCUGCCCGCCGCUCCUUCCUCUCCUGGCUUAUUUUCCAAACAAUUUGCUUAAUGUGAUUCCCGGCCGCGCUGAACAUGACUAAUCGUGUUUACCCGGUGAUUCCGCGCCUCCUGGCAGGCGGGGCUGGGGCCCAGGAGGAAGGAAUGCCUGCAUGUGCCGGUUCAGGGACUCACCACCCUGGCGUCCUCCCUUCUUCUCUUGCAGAGCCCGACGCACCCCCGGGCUGCCGCCAUGGAGCCCCUGUUCCCAGCCUCCACGCCCAGCUGGAACGCCUCCUCCCCGGGGGCUGCCUCCGGAGGCGGUGACAACAGGACGCUGGUGGGGCCGGCACCCUCGGCGGGGGCCCGGGCGGUGCUGGUGCCCGUGCUGUACCUGCUGGUGUGCGCGGCCGGGCUGGGCGGGAACACGCUGGUCAUCUACGUGGUGCUGCGCUUCGCCAAGAUGAAGACCGUCACCAACAUCUACAUCCUCAACCUGGCGGUGGCCGACGUCCUGUACAUGCUGGGGCUGCCUUUCCUGGCCACGCAGAACGCCGCGUCCUUCUGGCCCUUCGGCCCCGUCCUGUGCCGCCUGGUCAUGACGCUGGACGGCGUCAACCAGUUCACCAGUGUCUUCUGCCUGACAGUCAUGAGCGUGGACCGCUACCUGGCGGUGGUGCACCCGCUGAGCUCCGCCCGCUGGCGCCGCCCGCGUGUGGCCAAGCUGGCGAGCGCCGCGGCCUGGGCCCUGUCCCUGUGCAUGUCGCUGCCGCUCCUGGUGUUUGCGGACGUGCAGGAGGGUGGCACCUGCAACGCCAGCUGGCCGGAGCCCGUGGGGCUGUGGGGCGCCGUCUUCAUCAUCUACACGGCCGUGCUGGGCUUCUUUGCACCGCUGCUGGUCAUCUGCCUGUGCUACCUGCUCAUCGUGGUGAAGGUGAGGGCAGCGGGCGUGCGCGUGGGCUGCGUGCGGCGGCGCUCGGAGCGGAAGGUGACGCGCAUGGUGUUGGUGGUGGUGCUGGUGUUUGCGGGAUGUUGGCUGCCCUUCUUCACCGUCAACAUCGUCAACCUGGCCGUGGCGCUGCCCCAGGAGCCCGCCUCCGCCAGCCUCUACUUCUUCGUGGUCAUCCUCUCCUACGCCAACAGCUGCGCCAACCCCGUCCUCUACGGCUUCCUCUCCGACAACUUCCGCCAGAGCUUCCAGAAGGUUCUGUGCCUCCGCAAGGGCUCUGGCGCCAAGGACGCUGACGCCACGGAGCCGCGGCCAGACAGGAGCCGGCAGCAGCAGGAGGCCGCGCCGCCCGCGCGCCGCACCGAAGCCAACGGGCUUAUGCAGACCAGCAAGCUGUGAGAGUCCAGGCGGGGGGUGGGCGGCCCCGUGUCACCCCCAGGAGCGGGGAUUGCACUGCGGUGACCCCCACCCGUGACCUGCCAGCUCCCCAGCGGUGGUGUGAGGACAGAGCUGGCUGAAGCCAGGCUGGGGUGGACACAGGGCAGUAGGCUCCCCACAGUGACCGACCACCCCCUCUAGCCGUCUGCCACACGGCGGGGGCUCCCGGGAGGUGGGGGAGGUGGCCAGGCCUGUGGGGGGCUCCACCGUGCCGUGCAAGUGCUCAGGGCCACCUCACCCUCCGUCCGGACCCAGCCCAUGCCGGCCUUCCCUCUGGGGAGCGACUUUUCCAGAAGGCCGGCCAGGCGAGAGGGUCUUCCUGAAUGCAGAGCUGACCUGCGUGGCCCACCAGCUGUGUGUGCCCUCAGGUCAGUUCCGAGCCACCGGGUCCACGUACGAGGCUGCUCUGCUAAAUUAAAGACACCCGAAAGCGCUUGACUCAAGUCCCCGGAGUGCCUGGCCAGGGCCCCAGCCCCUCGCUUGCCCUGCACUGUGUGGACUCUGGGGAUGCAGGUGUAAGGGGAGUGUGGCUGAGCGGCCCCGGGUCAUCCAGGGUCACACCUGUCCUGGGGGCCCCACCCUGCUGCCCGACACCCCCCACGGGAUGCUGCGGGCGGCAGUUGCUGUCUGAGAGAGGGGAGUGGGGGUGCUUGGGUGCUGGCCCAGCCAGGGGUGAGGUGGGGAGGCGGCUGGUGCAGAGGAGAGCCGGGGGCUGAGGUUGGGGUGGAGGCUCCAGCCCCCCAGGCCCCCAUCUGGGGGUGCAGAUGGCUGUGCUAUGCUGAGAUUGGUUCUGUCUGGAGGGGUCCAGUAUGGGGUCCCUGGUGGCACUAGGGAGAGGUGCUCCUGCUGGAGGAGGACCUGAGGGUCAGGGGCUGGAGAGGACAGGGAACCUGCGGCCGUCUCUUCUGCUUUGGGGCAGGGGCUCUGGCCUGGGAGAGGGAACAGGGACAGGAGCAGAGGACGGUCAUCCAGGCGCAGCGGGGAGCUGCUCCCCAGGCCACAGCAGAUAGCACUGCUGAGAGGCGGCGGCAACGUGGGCGACGCAAAUGGCAGGCCCUGGGAAUCCCGCCGCCCCCCACCUAGAAUUGUCCCACCUCCCCCACCCCAAACACCAGCUUUUCCUGGCGCCCCAGGCCCAGAACGUGGGCCCAGAGAGCCUUGCUGGGGUCUCUGGGGCACGUUGGCCUCGCUCUGAGGCUGGAAGGAGAAGGACCAGGGUGCGGCAUCGCUCGGCCCCAGGGACCCCUCUGCCCUGCCCAGCACUGGCCCCAACCCGUGCUCCCGCCGUCUGCCCAGAGCAGGACCUCAUCCUCCCGGAGGGCACAGGGAGCGGCUGAGCGGGCACAGAUCCUGGCAGGCGAAAGGCCCAGGCUGAGGCCAGGCCUGGGAAACAUCCGAGCAGUGAGGACACGCGUGUUUGACAACUGCUCCCCUGAAUAAAUGCGAGGAUAAAUGUUUGAUUCUUUCCCCGAGCAAAUAUUGUCCCUGGAGCCGAGUGCAGCCAGUGCAGACAGAGUGAGCGGAGCCUGGGCUCCCCCGAGG